AGUUCUAGAGAGAUUGAAUUUGUACAUAUAAAGAUUUUGUGACUUUCAUACAUCCACACUGGACAUUACAGUCAGUUUUACUUUUAUUACAAUGCAAACAUUUGCUUGUUCCAGAGUUGUGGAGAACAACCUUUUCAAGCAAGAUUGGCGGUCAAGAAAGAAGAAGCAGAUAUUUCAGUACAUUGUUAUAAAGUGGACUUUGGUGCUCCUAAUCGGCCUGUUGACUGGACUUGUUGGCUUCUUCAAUAACCUUGCAGUCGAAAACAUUGCUGGAUUAAAAUUGCUAAUCACAAGUGAUCUUAUGCUCAACCAAAGGUAUUUCACUGCAUUUUUGGUGUAUGGAGAUUCCAAUCUAGUCUUGGCAGCAGCUGAUGCAGCAAUAUGUGCUUACAUUGCACCUGCAACUGCUGGAUCUGGUAUUCCUGAAGUUAAAGCAUAUCUUAAUGGAGUUGAUGCUUAUUCUAUACUGGCUCCUAGUACACUCUUUGUGAAGAUAUUUGGUUCAAUACUUGGAGUUUCAGCUGGAUUUGUACUUGGAAAGGAAGGUCCAAUGGUACAUACGGGGGCGUGCAUUGCAAACUUACUUGGUCAGGGAGGGUCAUGCAAGUACCAUCUUACGUGCAAUUGGCUGAGAUAUUUCAAGAACGACAGGGAUAGGCGGGAUUUGAUUACGUGUGGGUGCGCAGCUGGAGUGGCCGCUGCCUUCCGCGCACCUGUUGGUGGCGUCCCGUUUGCUCUUGAAGAAGCUGCAUCAUGGUAA